GCACCCAGUACUACCCCCUGUCUCCGCGCGCGCGCCGCCGCGCGCAGAGCCAGCCGGGGCGCCCAGCACCGAAGGCCGGGGCGCCCUGCGGGCUGGCUUCCUGGGUGCCCAGAGGCGCCAUGUUGGCCUUCGGGGGAGAAGGUUCCCUUUGA